AUGUCUUCCAGUCAGCCUCCCACGCUGCAGAACCCAAUCUCCAGCACUCAUCGAGAGCCAAUAAAGCUCUCUACCUUGGCUCCACUCCACACUGCGCUGCGUCCUCCCACCAAGGACCUGGGACUCACCAACUCCUGUUAUCAGCAGUCUCGGCUUCGGUCAGAAGAUGCUCAUGGAUCAGAUGCAAUGCCUGAAAGCACAGUGAAAAUCAUUGGAAGUGGACACUUUCACUACUUUGUAGAGAAGCCAAAGAACUGGCAAGAGGAGAACCUACAGGCGAGCACUCCAGCUGCAGUGAAGAAAGCCAGGACAGGUACUGUAGGGCAUGUGAAAAGGGAUCCACCAGCUGGUCCUGAGGCCUCUGCCCAGAGUACCAGUGACCUCCUGGGUGAUAGUGAACAGCAAGGCAGCAAGGACACAGACCAUGCCCAGCAACCAGAAGACACCCAGCAACUCCCAGCAGAACAGAACCCCAAUGGCACAAGAAAUAAUGCCAAGAACCAGCAAAUUUCUAAUUAGGCAAAAGUCUACUGCAGCUCUGUACCCACUGGAGACUAGUCCCAGUCCUACAUGCAUGGCCUCCCCAGGAGGAUGCUCAGAGGUUGGUUCAAGGAACAGAGGGACAUUGCUCAGAAGGCAAGAAGAAUGACAAGAUAAGAUGUUUUUCUUCUCACUCUGGUCAGGAGAGAAUUCAAGUCACAUGCCUUGAGUUCCAGCUUGUUGGACCAGCUUCAGGAGGAGAUGAAAGCCCUAGACCCUAUCUCUUUAGGAUUCCUCUUUAUGUCCCAACUGAGCCACCUCAUUCCAAGGCCCGAGAUCUCCCUACAGCUGCCCAGAGUCCAAUUCCUUUUCCAGAGGUUCUCCAGAAGUGGCUCUCCUGAUCAGGUGAAUUAUGGAAAGCUACUCUGGUUUUUACAUGGUGCAACUUCUGAUGAUUUACAGCAAAGCAGAGCAGUUGCAGACAUCAACUACACUGACCAGAGCUUGCUGGAGAUGCUGAAAGUGCUAUCAGAGACAGCCAGAAGCCCACUCAACAUAGAGAAACCCAACUGGACCUUUUGGAGAGAAAAUCAUUCAUUCUUUGGCUGCCUUCCCCCACACAAGGUGAUGACUAUCUGUGGGAAGUAUGGAUUAUAUCUGUCCUUGAGCCUGCUAGAAACGUUGCUUGACCACCAAGAUCUGGGUUACAAGGAUGAAAUAAAAUUGCAAAAUUUUGUUGAGUUGCUAAGCAGAGCUUCUUUGAACUUAUUUUCUGGCUUACCCACAGGGAAGAAUGAAAAGGAAGCCCCUGCCUCUCCAGAGGAGCCUGAAGUCCCUGAUUAUCUCAAAACCAGACCGAACUUUAUGAAAACUCCAGAAGAGGUGCUACAGCCAAAAAACCCUCCUGCUAAGACUUCAGCCCUGGAAGAUCCUCUGUGCACUUUGAAGAUCAGACCAGUCCAGCCUCAUGUGAGUUCAGCCAUGAAGAAUGGGUCCAGUGAACGUGAGGAGGCCUGGAUAGCCAGGUUUAGGAAGCUGGAAAAUGCCCUUUACUUGUGUGAUCUGAGCAACACAGGAAAUCUGGAGAAGGAAAGAGCCAGAUGCCUCAUUUACAACUACAGUCUCAUUUACAACCUGUCACUGAGCCCUCAGAAAAUCAACCAGGCUUUGAGGAGAAGAUUCUGUUCUGGAGAAAGUCUUUGGUUGGAGCCAGCACUGCAGUACUUGAAGGAGCUAUGA